AUGAGGAAGAAGCCAUGGAAAUUCUACAUGCCUACAUACACCUGGAGUGUCAAGAUGUGCACAGCUAAUGCAAGUCGAUACUCUUCUGUGAUAAAUCCAACCAAGCAUACACAUGACAAUCUCGAGCACCUGGCCACGAUGGAGACCGUCGUCGACUCCCGGAUAGAUACGCAGUUUGCAAUGCACCUCUUCAUGCAUGAUAAUGGCCGUACUGAUCACAUAUAUCGCAGAUACUUCAAGCGCCCUAGGCUCGAUCACCUAACCUCCGACACAACCAGGGGUUCCCGACGAUUUGUCAAGGCUACGAGGAGCAAUACCGUGUCCAACUGCAGGUGCUCUUCUAUUCUCCCCAAGCCUAUGAGUUUUUGGACUUCCCCAAACAAUGUGGAUCAUCACAAUCACCUGGGCAAACAACCUCGAGCUGAUGGGGCAUAUGACAUCUUCACCACACAAUGGAACACCAAGAUGCGAAAAAGAAUUGGAGCACCUCUUCCCCAACGAACAAAUCGCGAUCAGACCCAAUUAUUGCUGCUCGCUGUGGGGUGGCUGGGUAAUGCUGCUGAGGAAAACCCAACAAAUUACGCAAUUCGUGUCCAAAUCAUCGCUUCUUGA